AUGAGCGCGUUGCUCAGGGUUGUGAGGCGGAUGGAUAUCCUGAUUGGCGCCCUCCGUCGCAGUGUCACCAGCAUGGACAAGGUCUACAUUUCGGGGUUGAAGGGGCUGCGGACUGAGAUGGUAGCCUACAUCAAGAAGCAAGUAGCGCGCAAACGGGCGGGCCAGGUCGGAGUUGCUGCCGACUCCUGUGACGACGACGGCGAGGAGGUCCAUUCGGCAUCCCAAGCAUCGGAGUCGGAAGAGGAGGAGGAGCAGGAGAAGCAGGAGGAGGAGGAGCAGGAGAAGCAGGAGCAGGAGAAGCAGCUAGAGGGGGAGCAGGAGGAAGAGGUGGAGUGGGAGGAACUGGAGGUGGAGUACGUAACCGUUGGAUCAGCGGAAACGGGUGGGAGAUCGGCGGAUGUUGAGAACGAGGAAUGGGAGGGGAAGGGUGCGAUGUCAGCGGAACUCGGAAAGGAGAAAGAGGAUGUCGGCGUGAAGGCGGCUCACGGGGGGAGUGGGAAGUUCGUGGUCGGCGAUGGGAAGGAGGUUGUGGACCUCUUUGCCGUUGGAAAAGGGGAUAACGCCGCGGCCACAAAGCAGAUGGGCGUGGAAGUGCCUACGGGGGGGGAGCGGUCUAGGAAGAAGAAGGCGACGAGCGGUCAUCCCGGUUCCACCGCAGCUGGUCGGCAGGCGCGGCUGGACGUACUCGAGCAGCUGCGAGCGGAGAACAUGCGAUUGCGUGCAGACAAUGCACGCCUGGAACGGCGGCUCGGUGAACAGACGGGACGCGUUGACAGCUUGGCGUCGGCGUUAGCUGGGGUACUCGACAGCUUGACCGCCCAGGUAGCCGACACCGACAGGAACUCGGCGAAGCGCCUCGAAGAUGCCACGUCGACCAUGACGACCACCAUCACCGACAACCUCACCGACAACAUGGACAGCGCAAUUCAAGCUGGCAAGUCCUUUGCCGAACUAGCGACCAAGAUUCUGCGGGAUAUUGACGACCCCAACGGAAGAAUGGCGGUCGACCACGCGACCGCGCACAACGCAUUGGCCGAUCACGUGACGAAUAAGGUGGAUGAGGCGAGGAACGGUUUGGAGGAGGCAUUCAUUAAAUACAUCGCGGCCGCACACACCAACAUUGCCGCCGCCGUCACUCCCCGCCUCGUCGUGCAGCAGCCGCCGCCGCCCAUCGCCCCAACGCAGGCAUUGCCAGAAGAGUUCAUGAAGUCCUUCAAGGAGGACAUGCUGAAGGCGGUGACGGAGGCCACGCAUCAGUCGUUUCUCGCCUCCGGAAUGAAGAUAAUGACAGAGGUGGUCGGCACGGUGGCGCCUGGUCGGCGUGGGUCGUCGCCGUCGGCAAACGACGCCGUCCAAACGCAACAAAAGGAGGCCCAGAAGCAGGGUCAGAAGAGGGGGGGCUGGGGCGGCGGGGGAGACGGGGACGACUCAACGAGCGUGAAGCGGAGCAAGGGAGCUGGUGGGUCGCGCGUCACCGGCGAAGGGAGCAAGGGAGCUGGUGGGUUGCGCGUCGCCGGCAACGGGAGCAAGGGAGUUGUUGAAGGCAGUUCGGCGAAGCAAACUAAGAGUGUGGUCGACAUCUUGAAGAAGCACUGGGCUGAUGUGAGAUCACCCACCACGGGCCGUGGAGUGGGGAGUGCAGCUGGGGGUUCCGCCGACCAGAACGCUGCUAAAGACGCCGGGCCAAGUGCUCCGCCUUUGGUCGCUGAGAAGCCACCACGUCAGGGGAGCGGAGGGAAAGGGUUCAGCGACAAGGAGAUCCCCGCCGCCAAAACGGCCCCAGGUGGUGCCGCCGGAACUGGUUUGACGCCGAAUGCCGAGAAAGUGGAGGCGUCAGCGGUUCCUCAACAGCCUCCCGCGGGUGCACGCCCUCCGACCGGCCCGUUAGCCGACAAGGAUGGCCGCGCGGGGAAAGGGGCGGCCGCUGCGAACGCGCUCAAGGACCGGCUCAGGCUCCUUACGGGCCACAGGGCUGUUCAACAGCCUCCCCCCCCUGUGGAUGCACACCUUGCCGAAACAACAGCUCGCUCUACAGACCCCAUCUUUGCCGUGCCAUCUGCCAGUGUGCCACGUGUAGCGCCGGCCGUCGCCGCCCAUACUUCUGCAGACCCAAAGUCCGCUUUGCUGCGCGCCCACGGCGCAGCACCCGCGCUUGCCACAGGCGGCGGCCCUGUUGAGGAGGUCGCCCCCGACGCGGAUAUCGCCGCCAUACAGGCCCACCUGGAUGCGGCCAAACCCCGAACACUGGCCAUAUCGGGCACAACACAUGUGGAGCACUCGGCGAGUCCCGCUGGUGGUUCAGCGGAGCGUAAGACGACCGCUGAUGUUGUCGGCGAGGGAAAGGCGAAGCGGAAGGGGAAGGCGGGCUCACAGAGGAAAACACGGGACAAGUCGGAGGUGAAGACGGCGGAGACGGCGGAUACAGGUGGAGGCGGCAAGGUGAUGUCGGUGGAGAAAGGUAAAGCGGGGGAGAAUCAGGAGAGGUCGGUCGGCGAGGGUACGUCGACGGGGAGAAAGGGGAAGGAGAAUUCGGUCGGCCAGGGUACGUCGACGGGGACGAACGGGAAGGAGAAGUCGGUCGGCGAGGGUACGUUGACCGGGAGAAAGGGGAAGGAGAAGGCGGCGGAGAAGAGGAAGGAGAAGGAGGAGGAGGAGGAGGAGGAGGAGGAUGAUGAGGAGGAGCAGGAGGAGGAGGAGGGGAAGGACAAGGCGAAGGACAAGGAGAAAGGGAGGAGGGGUCAUGGCAUCCGCCACGACAGCUCGGGCGACGGGCUAGGGUGGGUCGGCGAGAUUAAGCUCAGGCGAUGCGCUCCACGACGCGCUCUUGCCGGCGAGUGGUUCCCCGUCGAGGGGGAGCUAGAGGAGAAGUCGGCGGCGAUGAUGUCGGCCAUGAUAGGUCGCGUGUCCAUGUGCGUUGCGUAUGGGAAGACCGCUGCGAGCGCGUCGAAGAAGGAGGGAGACGAGGAGGAGAAGACGGCGAUGGCGGCAUGGGCGUUAGCGACAUCCGCAUGCGCCGUCUGGUGCUUUGUCGAGAACGACGACGCCCAGGUGGUCGAUGCUGUGGAAGAAGGGAAGGCGGCGGCGAUUAUAGCCGGUGCGAGCGAGAAGACCGCCGAUGUAUUUGAAACUGUCAUGGCGGCGGUGCUGAACGCCGAGAUCAACCGGGACCGCCCCCUGGGGGAGGUCGCCUUCAACAUCGCGCCAGCGCUGCAGAGUCUCGCCUUGCAGAGGGUCUAUCCGGGGGGUAAUGCUGGAGUCGAUGCCGAGGUGGUCGCUAGAGCGACGGUGGAGACCAUGGCGUUCUGGGGAAUGUGCCCCGUCGUCGCGCCGAAACUAAAAAAGAAGAUGAUCGCGGUGCCAUGUGACGCGUAG